CAGCUCUGGUGCCUGUUAUUUAAACCCCCUCUUUCGCUCCUCACAAAGUCACAAGCCACACACACUAUGCUCUCUAUCUACUUCCUAAGCGCAUACAAGCACUACUCUCCAUACAGCAAGCAGAUACAAACAGAAGGAUGAAGCUCAGAGUAAAAGGCCUCGGCCUCCUUCUUCUCCUUGUCUUGCUUGCUCUUUGCUCCACCAUUGACGUCUGCGAUGCAAGAAGAGGCAAGCACUGGCGACCUAGGAGCUCACCAAGCUCUUCUCUGCUAAGGAAAAAGGGCAAAGGAAAGAAGGGUAGCUCCAACCGGCAGCACGGAGGCAACUGGCCAAGUCUGAAGCCGCCAGUCAGCGCACCACCGAGCCCUGGUGCCGGCAAAGGGUACCAGAGCCCAAGCCCAAGUCCAAGCCCGAAUGCACCUGUAAGCCCAAGCCCUGUCAAUGGAAGUGGACAUGCGAGUCCCAAACCCCCAACUCCAAGCUGUGGAAAGGGUAAUCAGCCACCAUCACGGCCAACACCAACACCACCACAAGGCGCAGUGUUCAACGUGGUUGAUUUUGGAGCUAAAGGAGAUGGUAUUUCAGAUGAUACCAAGGCUUUUGAAGCAGCAUGGGCCGCAGCGUGCAAGAAGGGAGCAUCUACAGUUUUCGUGCCAUCACAACUAGAGUUCCUUGUUGGGCCAAUCUCAUUCUCUGGGCCUUACUGCAAACCAAACAUUCUGUUCCAGCUGGAAGGAACUAUUAUAGCCCCAACCAGUGCUAAAGCCUGGGGUUCUGGCUUGCUUCAAUGGAUCGAGUUUACAAAACUAAAUGGAAUAUCAAUUCAAGGCAAUGGCAUCAUAAAUGGUAGAGGGCAACAAUGGUGGACCUAUUCAGACACAGAUGACAACGAAGAUGAUGACACAUAUGAUGUGGAGUUUGAAAGGAUGCCACAAGUUAAACCUACAGCAUUGAGAUUCUAUGGUAGUUUCAACGUGGUAGUAUCUGGUAUCACUAUUGUCAACAGUUCACAGUGCCACCUUAAGUUUGACAGCUGUCAAGGAGUAAUGGUCCAUGACCUAACAAUAUCCUCCCCAGAGAACAGCCUCAACACUGACGGAAUACACCUGCAGAACUCUAAAGAUGUCAGCAUUCAUCAUACCAACAUGGCUUGUGGUGAUGACUGUAUCUCCAUUCAAACAGGAUGCAGCGACAUAAAUAUACAUAAUGUGAAUUGUGGACCUGGCCAUGGAAUCAGCAUUGGAGGCCUAGGCCGGGACAACACAAAAGCAUGUGUCUCCAAUGUUACUGUAAGAGAUGUCAACAUGUUCAGAACCAUGAACGGUGUCAGAAUCAAGACCUGGCAGGGUGGCUUAGGCUUGGUUCAAGAUGUAAGGUUCUCAAACAUCCAAGUCUCAGAAGUCCAAACACCAAUUAUCAUAGACCAGUUUUACUGUGACAAAAGAACCUGCUCAAACCAAACAUCAGCAGUGGCAGUAUCAGGCGUUCAGUAUGAGAACAUCAGAGGAACAUUUACUAUCAAGCCUGUCCAUUUUGCAUGCAGUGACAGCUCACCUUGUUCAGGAAUCACUCUUACUGGAGUACAACUCAGACCAGUCCAAAUACCUCACUACCGCCUAAACGACCCUUUCUGCUGGCAGGCUUUUGGGGAACUAUACACUCCAACCAUCCCUCCAAUAGCUUGCUUGCACCUUGGAAAACCUGCUGGGAAUAACUUGCAGUCAUAUCACGACUUAUGUUGAUACACAAAAGUACCUUCAUCCAUUGAUUGGUGCUUAUCCAUGAGUGGUCGUUGUGAAACUUCCGACCCCUUUGCACCAUUGCUUGGCGAUGUGCAUAUAUACAGUUAUUCUAAUGCCGUUUUUACUA